GGGCAUCAAGGACAAGUGCCAGGGGGGAAAAGAAGGUUAAUGGGAUUGACGGUACUGAUGCUUCUGCAGGUGUUGAUGGAUGCCAACCCAAGUUAUGCAAGCAGAAUAUGUGGAAAACAGGGAAUCCUAAGCCGGAUCAUAGGGGGGAAAGACUCGCAGGAUGGGGAAUGGCCUUGGCAGGUCAGCAUAAGGUUGGAUGGAGCGUACCACUGCGGAGGGUCCCUCAUCACUGACCAGUGGGUCAUCACAGCCUCACAUUGUUUUAAACUGCUCAGCACACCUUCCAACUUCACAGUGAUGCUCGGAGUACUGAAACUCUCCAGUCCUGGUCCCCAUUCUAUCACCACCGCUGUGAAACGCAUCAUCCUCAAUCCUACAUACGAGGGGGACCUGAAAUCUGGAGACAUUGCUCUGAUGCAGCUGGACAAGCCAGUGAAUUUCUCUCAACGGAUCGUCCCCAUCUGUGUCCCUGAUUCCGAUGUCGUCUUCCCCCCAGGACACAAGUGCUGGGUCACGGGUUGGGGAGAUGUGCAAGGCAGAGAUAAACAACAAACCUCUGAUAUACUCCAAAAGCUAGAGGUCCCCAUAAUCAGCACAAACACAUGCAAUGCCCUCUAUCACCAAGACUCCGGAGAGCUCAAACUCACGCGGGACAUUAAAAAUGACAUGAUAUGUGCUGGCUUUGCUGCUGGACAACGGGAUGCCUGCCAGGGUGAUUCAGGAGGACCACUAGCCUGCCGAAUGGGGGACUCCUGGCUCCUCGCAGGUGUGGUGAGCUGGGGAGAAGGGUGUGCACAGAAGAAUCGCCCUGGCGUUUAUGCCCGUGUGACAUCCUAUCAGUCAUGGAUCCACAGCCUGAUACCAGAGCUGACAUUCACAAGCGUGGAAACCAAGGGCCAUGGGUCAACGGUGAACAACAGAAGCACCAUCAAUGGAGCAUCAGCUGGAAGUUUUAGCUUCAUCUCCAUCAUCAUAGCCACUGUUGUUUUGCUACUAUCUUCUGAGUAGACUCUCUGGAAAAGGAGGACUGCUCCUUUUUCCUGGGGAGACCUUUGUGCCAAUCCUGCAGGCUUAGUUUGGAAAAGGAUGGAGAUCAUCAGAACUGCCAGUGAGGCCAUCAAGGAGACUUCUGGCUCUGCUGCUGUACGGUUUUAAGAAGGGACUG